CAAGGAUAUUAGACCUCACCGUAGAGAUCAUCUCCUUGAUAACUGGAGAGGAUUACACAGUAGUGAAGACGUCAUCAGGAGGAUGGAGCAGGAUCCAGAGCCCCAUCACCGAGCCUCCACCUCAUUCCCUGACACAUGAGCAGCAGAUCCUAGAACUUACCACCAGGAUCACUGAGCUGCUGAGCGGAGAGGUUCCUAAAAGGUGUCAGGAUGUAGCUGUUUAUUUCUCCAUGGAGGAAUGGGAGUAUUUAGAAGAACACAAGGAUCUCUACAAGGACGUCAUGAUGGAGAAUCACCAGUCCCUCAUGUCACCAGAUGGGACCAGUCAGAGAAAUCCACCAGAAAAAUGUCUUAGAUACCAGGAUUGUCCAGGAGAAAAGCAGAAUGUCCCACUGGAUUAUCAGGAGAGUUCUGGUGGAAAGACGAGUGGACUUGAAAAUCCAGUAACAGUGUUCGUAAAUGGUAAAGACGGGAUGAGAGUAUAUCAUAAGCAUCUCCAUUUAUUUCCCUAUCAUGAAGUAAAAGAUAACACCACACAAAAUAAUUCAAAAACUCCUAAUGUACCCACAGUCCUUCACAACAGGGAUCUAUCCACUAAUACUGCUGGUCACAAGAAACCUUCAUUGAAUCCAUCACUGAUUGGUAAAACAAGAACUAAACAGAAGUGUGGAAAAAUAUUUCCUUGUGAAAAAGAUUUUAGCAAGAAAUCUAAUUUUUUUUUAUAUGAGAGAAAUUGCAAAGACAAAAUGUCAUUUUCGUGCUCAGAAUGUGGAAAAUCUUUUACCAUGAAAUGUGUUCUAGUUGCACAUCAGAGAAUUCACACAGGGGAUAAGCCAUUUUUAUGCCCAGAAUGUGGGAAAUGUUUUAGUCAGAAAUUAAGUCUUGUUACACAUCGGAGAACUCACACAGGGGUGAAGCCAUUUAUGUGUCCUAAAUGUGGUAAGAUUUUUAGGACGAAAUCAUUGCUUAUACAACAUAUAAGAACCCACCCAGGGGAGAAGCCAUUUUCUUGUUCAGAAUGUGGGAAAUGUUUUGAUCAGAAAUCAUAUCUUGUGAAACAUUUAAGAAUCCACACAGGAGAAAGGCCAUUUUUAUGUCUUGAAUGUGGGAAGUGUUUUACUCUGAAAAAAGGUUUUGUUAGACACCAGAGAACUCACACAGGGGAGAAGCCAUUUUCAUGUCUUGAAUGUGGGAAGUAUUUUAGUCAGAAAGUAAGUCUUGUUAAACAUCAGAGAACUCACACAGGGGAGAAGCCAUUUCCAUGUCUUGAAUGUGGUAAGUGUUUCAGUUGGAAAUCAGAACUUGAAAUACAUCAGAGAAUUCACACAGGGGAGAAGCCAUUUUCUUGUCUUGAAUGUGGCAAGUGUUUCAGUCAGAAAUCAUGUCUUGUUAAUCAUCACAGAACUCACACAGGGGAGAAGCCAUUUUCAUGUCUUGAAUGUGGGAAGUAUUUUAGUCAGAAAGUAGGUCUUGUUAAGCAUCAGAGAACACACACAGGGGAGAAACCAUUUUCAUGUCUUGAAUGUGGAAAGUAUUUUAGUAGGAAAGUAGGUCUUGUUAAACAUCAGAGAACUCACACAGGGGAGAAACCAUUUCCAUGUCUUGAAUGUGGUAAGUGUUUCAGUGUGAAAUCACAUCUUGAAAUACAUGAGAGAAUUCACACAGGGGAGAAGCCAUUUUCUUGUCUUGAAUGUGGCAAGUGUUUUAGUCAAAAAUCAUAUCUUGUUAAUCAUCACAGAACUCACACAGGGGAGAAGCCAUUUUCAUGUCUUGAAUGUGGGAAGUAUUUUAGUCAGAAAGUAGGUCUUGUUAAACAUCAGAGAACUCACACAGGGGAGAAACCAUUUUCAUGUCUUGAAUGUGGGAAGUAUUUUAGUAGGAAAGUAGGUCUUGUUAAACAUCAGAGAACUCACACAGGGGAGAGGCCAUUUCCAUGUCUUGAAUGUGGUAAGUGUUUCAGUGUGAAAUCACAUCUUGAAAUACAUCAGAGAAUUCACACAGGGGAGAAGCCAUUUUCUUGUCUUGAAUGUGGCAAGUGUUUCAGUCAGAAAUCAUGUCUUGUUAAUCAUCACAGAACUCACACAGGUGAGAAGCCAUUUUCAUGUCUUGAAUGUGGGAAGUGUUUUAGUAAGAAAGAAGGUCUUGUUAAACAUCAGCGUACUCACACAGGGGGGAAACCAUUUUCAUGUCUUGAAUGUGGAAAGUGUUUUAAACAGAAAGCAGGUCUUGUUAAACAUCAGAGUACUCACACAGGGGAGAAACCAUUUUCAUGUCUUGAAUGUGGAAAGUGUUUUAAACAGAAAGCAGGUCUUAUUAAACAUCAGAAAGCUCACACAGGGGAGAAGCCAUUUAUUUGCCUUGAAUGUGGGAAGUGUUUUGGUGUGAAAUCAGUGCUUAAAAUACAUCUCAGAGUUCAUACAGGGGAGAAGCCAUUUUCAUGUUCAGAAUGUGGGAAAUCUUUUAGCCAGAAAUCUAGUCUUGUUAAGCACGAGAGAACUCACUCAGAGGAGAAGCCAUUGUAAUGUUCAGAUUGUAGAACAUAUGACAGAUGUUGAGGUUCAUUGUGAAAACUUCUGCCCAAUUAUGCCUUUUGAUGUAUGACGAAAGGGUUGUCUGGUUUCCCAUAUUGAUGACCUAUCCCCACAACAGGUCAUCAAUAUCAGAUUUGCAAGCGCCUGACUCUCAACAACCCCGAUAAUCAGUAGAGACUGCAGCACUUGUACAAAUGCUGUGGUUUCUUCACUGUUUACCUGAUAUGCCAUCAGCACUGCAGGAGCCAUACAGAGAAGUUACAGCUUCUCUGUUCCACUCACUUUAAUGGAAUUGAGACGUUGCCGUUACAGUGAGCGACAGCUGUAGUGUUGUCAGUUGUGCUUGUAAACAAUGAAGGGACUGCAGUGCUAAGGGUUCCCUUAGUCGGGCCCCUGCUGAAGUAAUCUUGAUAGUAUGCCAGAUGUCUACUUUCAGAAAAUAUAUGGUUAUUCACAAUGUUGAAUGGAGUUUCCCUCUGUAAUGAUCAUCCUGUUUUCUUCAUAUGCCAUAAUAAUAUAGUAGGAAAGAUCUUUCCAUAUUGUUUCAUUAUAUUUCUAGUUUUUAUACAUGAUUUAUGUGUUGUGGUCAGGUUUCUUACCUGAAAAUAAAA